AAUAAGGUGGUAUCACAGUUCAGCCAUCAUCAAACAGUCCCGGAGCCAAAAAAAAACAGAACCAACUGCUAAUGGAAACAGCUUCUUGUUCGAUUCUCAGCUCUCUGUGCUUUUCAAACAAAAACAACAACAACGUCAUCAAUAGCAGAAGAUAUUGCAGCUUAUACGCGCCCAGGAGAAACCCCUAUUUGGUUCUCCCAUUUUCCUCCACUUUCCCUAGAACAAGAAGAAGAGAUUUCUUCUCUUCUCCUGGAAAAUGUCUGCACUUCAAUCACUCCAUUGCUUUCUGCUCGCUUUCCAGCUCCGACAAUCCAAACCCAUCUCAGGAACUCGCUGUUCUUCUUGAAGUCGAAGGGGUUCUUGUGGAUGCUUAUCGUGUGGGUAAUCGCCAAGCCUUCAAUGUAGCAUUUCGAAAGCUUGGGCUUGACUGUGCGAAUUGGAGUGAACCUGUGUAUUUGGACCUUGUGAGGAAGUGUUCUGGUGACGAGGAAAGGAUGCUAAAUCUGUAUUUUAACCGGAUUGGUUGGCCUACUUCAUUGCCUACAAAUGAGAGGGGACCAUUCAUAAAAAGUGUUCUGCGAGAAAAGAAGAAUGCAUUGGAUGAAUUUGUGAUGUCAAAAAGUUCACCUUUACGACCUGGAGUUGAAAGCUUUAUAGAUGAUGCAUAUCAUGAAGGAAUACCUUUGGUCAUAGUAACAGCAUACAGUAAAAGUGGGGAUAAAAUUGCCAGAUCAAUUAUUGAAAAGCUUGGCCAUGAAAGAAUUUCCAAAGUAAAGAUCGUUGGGAAUGAGGAAGUUAAAAGGAGUUUUUAUGGUCAACUUGUUACUAAUAAAGGACUGUCUUCGGGUUCGGAUGAGCAAAUUGCUAAGGAAGCAAUAAAAGCUGUUUCGGCUGAAAAACAAAAAAUAGCAGAAGAUGUUGCUUCCAUGCUGAAGUUGAGUGUUGAGAUUGAUACCGGCUCAUCUGAAAGCUUAGGGAAGACUGCAGCUGCAUUGCGCGCUGGGGCAGAAUAUGCAGGGGUACCUUUCCAAAAUUGUGUCCUUAUUGCCGGAAACCAAACUGGAGUUGCUGGAGCUGAGCGAAUAGGCAUGCCAUGCAUUGUUCUACGGAGCAGUUUGACCUCAAGAGCUGAGUUCCAUUCAGCAAAAGCUAUAAUGGAUGGAUUUGGAGGUGCUGACCUAACAAUCUCAAAACUACGUCAGAAGAAAUGGUCCUGAUAGUCAAGUACUUGUUCCUGUGACCUUAGUCAUUCAUCUUAGCUGUUUAUUUUUGUCUACAAGUGUGAUAACCGCAACAUCCUUGUCUCAGACAGAUGUGUUAAGGCUGAAAGUAUGUCAUUCAGUUCUAUCUUAAUCUGUAUUUCUUUUGGUGUACCCUCUACAUCACGUCUUUAUUUUCUUUUUGUUAGACUAUUGAGUUCAUUUGUAAAAAACAAAUGUGGAUUGUUAAACUUUAUCAAUGCAUUGUUCUGCAGAGCUUGUUCGGGUGACAGAACCCUCGCUGAUGUCCAAAAUGUAAGUUUCAAUGUUGAGAUUUUGAGUUUGCCAUCUCAGACAAUACCAAUGGAGUAGUACUAGAUGGAAAACAGAUUUUCAGUAGGAGGUUUGUUCUCUGUGAUAUCUUGUGUAUAUAUGAGCUCUUUUUGACAUAAAUAUAAUUAAGUUGAACCAUAAUAUAACUCCACUUGCACUACUACAA